AUGACUUCUCUCUGCAGGCUGUCGUUCUGUGGAGUCACAGAGGAAGGCUGUGCUUCUCUGGCUUCAGCUCUCAGCUCAAACUACCGUCUGGGAGAGUUGGACCUGAGCUACAAUCACCCAGGAGACACAGUUCUCUCUGGUCCACUCUGUAGACUGGAGAAACUCAAGUUAGUGUUGGUCACUGAUACAUUCCUCUUCAUUUGCCAUGUUCAAUGCUGUGUGGACCAUAAUGAAGAGAUCUGGGUGAAACUACUACAGCUGCUUAAGAAGUAUGCCUGUGAUCUCACACUGGACCCAAACACAGCUCACAGAACCCUCUCUCUGUCUGAGGAAAACAGGAGGGUGGUUUUGGUGGACAAGGACCAGCCGUAUCCUGAUCACCCAGAGAGGUUUGAUGAACAGCAGCAGGUGCUGUGUAGAGAGGGUCUGACUGGACGCCAUUACUGGGAGGUGGAGGUGAGGGGGGAUGUUCUGGUAGGAGUGACGUAUAGAAGCAUCAGGAGGAGAGGGAGGAGUGCUGCCUGUAGACUUGGACACAACGACAGAUCCUGGUGUCGUAAUGGCCUGGUUAUAAACUCUCUGUUCAUCACAAUCAUGAAAAGACUACAAUACAUGUCUCAGUCCAUCAGAGUAGGAGUUUACCUGGACUGGCCAGCUGGUGUUCUGUCCUUCUACAGCAUCUCCUCUGACACAAUGACCCACCUGUACACAUUUAUCACCACCUUCUCUGAGCCCCUCUACCCAGUGUUUAGGUUUGAUGUGAUCUAUUCCUCCUCAGUGACCCUGUGCCAGGUAGCGUAGUUCCUCCUGGAGGAACACAACAUGGGUCUCCAUGGAAACAGCCCCACUCCUGGUGCACAUGCACACA